AUGGCCUGCCCGAUGCGCUUCGUGCUGGUUGGCGUGUCGCUGGUGGUCGCCCUGGUGCUGGCGUGGUUCACCUUCGAGGAGGGCGGCGAGGAGCAGCGGCGGGAGGACAACGGCAAACCGGGACGACACGGCGCGAGCCUGCCGAAACGGCGAUCCAAGGUCGAGCUGCCUUCGUGGCGGCAAGGGGCGUGGCUUUUGCUGGACAUGUUCACUGGCAAGUACCUGUAUCAAAUAGUCAGAGGCGGCGCAGCCUCGG